AUGGACCACAUACCGUCCCCUCUGGCAGGCGGAAACCCCGCGAUCGAUGUCCCUCUCAAAUGCACUGGGACGAUCCGCAUCAACUGCGGACAGAUAGCUCCCGAAGCAGCAGCAGACAGUUUCAGUUCUUUCCCUGAAGAGGUAGGCUGGAGCAUUGAGCUGCUGCUGCUCGGAGACCUGCAGGACCGAAGCGGUGACGAAGCCAUGGCGUUCAUACAAGAAUGGCUGUUCUUCGGGGUGCUCUAUCACGUCCUCGGUGCCGCAGAAGUCCGGGUGCGACACGAGGACUUUAUCCGCAAAGAUGCCGUAGAUGGAAGCUACUGGGUGACUACCGAUUUAUUACCGCAGUAUAUGGAAACGUGGAAAGCAGAGAAAGAUACCAAGACUAGAGAACAGGCAGAGUCCCAGCUCUACGCCAUCAGACGGAUCCUACUAGAGUCCGCAGCCCACGUCAAGAGGCUCAAUUUCAUGUCCGCAACAUCGGGCUUCCGCUGGCCGGGCAGCGACGAAAUCAUGCUCUCAAUCCUGGUGCUCGGCAGCACUCUUGAUUACACGCGCAUGAACAUAUACAAGGACGUAGCCGAGCAACCCGACCACAUCCUCCUUCGGACGGCGAGUUGGCUGAUCCAGGACCGGCUGCUCGCCCGCGGCUGCUGUCCAAACCACGUGUCGAUGCUCGAGCAAACUCUGACGCCAGCGACCGUGUACUACGCGUACCGGAUGGACGCGCUGGAGCACAGCAAGGACCACUCGCGCUGCAGCGAGGAAACAUGCAUCGCCGACAACGUCGACGAGGGCACCUACAUCACCCAGCACUACGACACCUGCGACGGACUCUGCGGGUCCGUGGAGCCCCCCAUCGAGAAAGCCUUAGCCAUCCUCGAUGCCGGAGGAUACCCACUCAUAUCGGUGCUGCCAGCCGUGCGGGCCAUGGACGAAGCAGACGUCGACCUAGUCGCCGCCACGCCCGACAUUCCGUACGUCGCCAUCUCGCACGUCUGGGCCGACGGGCUCGGGAACCCGCACCGCAACAGCCUGCCGCGCUGCCAAUUCUUCGCUCUGCGCGCCAUGGUGCAGGUCUGCCUGUACGACAAGGACGGCCAACCCUCCCGCCUGCACAACGGCCGCCUACACUUCUGGCUCGACACCAUCUGCGUCCCGCUCCGCCCACCACACCGCGGCAAAGCCAUCAAGCUCAUGGCGCGCACCUACACCGCCGCGACCCAAGUCCUCGUCCUGGACCGGCAGAUCCGCCAGCUGACGUGGAAGCCGCCCUUCGCCGCGCAGCGCUACGAAGAGCACCUGAUCCGCAUCACCUGCUGCUCCUGGCUGCGCCGCCUCUGGACGUUCCAGGAAGGCGUCCUCGCCAAGCGCCUGUACUUCUGGUGCGAUGACGGCGCCUGCGAGGUCGGCGUCUGGAUACUCCAGCACAUCCGCGACCGCUCGCGCGAGCUGUGGAACAUUGUCGGCAUGGAGGUCAUCAACUUCAACCUGCUGAUGCGGCGCCUCCUGCGCAUCGACGGCGCUGAGCGCGUCGCGCACGUGUGGAGCGCGCUGCAGUGGCGCACCACCAGCCGCGCGGCUGAUGAACUGAUCUGCGUCGCUGCCCUGCUUGGUCUGGACCUGGGCCCGCUGGUCGACGCGCCGCCGGAACGGCGGAUGGACGUGUUUCUCGAGCUGCAGCAGUUCUUCCCGCCGGGCAUCAUCUUUGCAAGUGGCCCGCGCCUCGAAGCGCCUGGUCGGCGAUGGGCUCCCGCCUCAUUCAUGGCCUCUCAAGGGAACGAGUACGCCGUUUUGGACAGUGGAGCGCUACCCGCCUAUUUUGACGAGCGCGGUUUGUUCGUCGAGUACCCGGGACUGCGCCUGCAUGUCGCGCGUACGCCGCUCACGGCUCCGUGCCUGGUGCUGGACGAGGGGACGCGGUCGUGCUUCCAGCUCAGCUGGGCUGUGACGGACGAUGAGCGGUUGCAGCAGCGGAUCGGGGCGGCAGACGCGCAGGCGCUUAUGGUUGUUUUGCAUCGUCCGCCGGAUGGCACGCGAGCUGAUAUUCCGGGAAUCCUGGUCGCUGUGCGAGAUACGGAUGGUGAGGAGGGGUGUCUGUACGUCGAUUACUGGUGCAAUGUCAGGGUUUCGCAAGAACCGGCAGAGGCUUGGGAACAGAAUUGGGCCAUGUAUUUGGAUGAGUGCACUGGAACGUUUGACGAAUACUUGUGUGCACGUUGCUCUUUGCUGGAUUCAACGCAACAGUGGUGCAUAGGAUAG